AUGGGUUUCUCGGACGCUGAAAUUUGUCUCUCCGAUCAAAAAAAUCUCUGUGAAACGGAUCUAGGGUUUCUUUAUGUACCCUCUAUAGGGUUUUCAGACCGGAACGUUCAAGAAUUACGGCCAGAUCAAGAUCUUGAAACUAAAUUCCAGGAGAAAAUUAAGUGCUCACGAGAUGGUGGAGUAAAGGUAAACAAGGAAGAAGAAGAAGAAGAUUUCUGCAAGACUCCGACACGCCUCGACCAAAUUCUCCCGGCGGUUCCAAAUAUUUGUCCGCCGGCGCCGAGGAAACCUAAGGGUGUCCCGUCGAGAAGUUUGAAGGUUAGGAAUUCUUAUAGAAGCAGGAGAAUGAUCAUUCUAAAUGUUUCUAGAGAGAUCGAUUAUUUCUUCUUCUCCGAUCUCCAACGGCGACGAAGAAUUUCAGCUCCGACGAGAUCGUAUCAGAGAACGACGGAGGCGAAUGUCGUCUACAAGGGCCAGCUUCAGAAUCUCGGCUUCAUCGCCGUCAAGAAACUCAAGGCUCCGGCUUGGGCAGAUCCUGAUAUCUUUGCGGAGGAUGCACGGAGAGUUGGGGGGUUAAAGCACAAGAGAGUCAUCAAUUUGCUCGGAUAUUGCUGCGAUAGAGAAGAAAGGCUUCUUGUUUCAGAGUUUAUGCCAAACGAUACUUUCGCUAAGCGUUUGUUCCAUCGUAAGGAUUCUUCUUCUUCUUUUACAUCUUCACUUAUAACCUUGGUGGAAUCUGAGAACAGAGACGCUGCAUUGUAG